GUAAAUGAUUAGUCUAGUCCACCACUCACUCCAGCAAGCGCCACCUCGCCUGUCAAGCCCCUCCAAUUAACAAGGCAACAGCUGCAGCACGGUCACGGCGCACAGUGGGCCAGAAGGAGUUGAAAGUGCGCCAAAAUUAUAUUCCGUGUUAUAUUUUUACUUUAACAUGUUGAUUUAGGGUAAUUUUGGGCGUAGAAUCGACUGAACAUAAUUUAAAUCCGAUAUGACGUCACUUUGAUACCAAACUUUGAUUGGCUACUUAAAACCUAUCUGUGAAAAGACAAAUUACGCUAAACAAUGUGUACUACUACUAGGCCUAGGCCUAUAAUAUAUAAACUUUUGUGUUAUGUGUAACUUUAAGAUUGACCAGAGUGAAUGUCGGUUUAUGCUUCUCACUUGCCAAAAAAGUGUGUAUGAGAUCCUGAAAAUAAUUUUAUGGCAUCAAAAUGAUCAUUAGAUUAAAAAAAUACUUGAAAAUAUGAAAAAUAUGAACCGUGCUUUAUCAAGCGGGUAGACUUGGGUAAAACGCAGAGUAUAUACACCACGAAUGUUUUACUAUGAGGCGGUUUUUGGGUGAAAUUAUUCUACAAGUAACUUUUAUCUCUGGAAGAGAGGCGGGUGGUCUGUUUUACCAGUUAAAAGAUGUCUUCUACAGACGAGGAAGAUGUGGGAAAUCUGGUUGUCAUAGUGAUUGAUGUCAAUCCAGUUUGGUGGGGGAAAAGGAGCCAUCAUAAACAACAGAAAGAUGUUUUAGCAAUAAGCCAGUGCAUGGAUUCUGUGAUGGUGUUUGUCAAUUCACAUCUUAUGAUGGAUAGACGCAACAAAGUAGCCCUCAUUGCAAGUCACACUAAUGAAAGCCGGUUCUUGUACCCAAAGAAGACAAGUGAUUUGCUGGACGAUGUUGAUGAUCAGAGAGAGCAAGAUGAGAUGAAUUCUGAUGGAAAAUAUGAAGUCUUUGCUUCUAUCAAUGAUGCAGUCAUGGAGGAACUUAAGAACUUGGUAGAUGAAAACCCAAUGGUAUCACAUACUGAUACCCUUCUGGCUGGCUCUUUGGCAAUGGCACUGUGCUAUAUUCACAGAGUUGAAAAGGAAUGUUCAGUUGGAGAAAAAAUCAAGUCUAGAAUCCUUGUACUCAAAGCAGCUGAUGAUAGUGCAUCGCAGUACAUGAACUUUAUGAAUGUCACCUUCACAGCACAGAAACAGAACAUUCCUAUUGAUGCAUGUAUCCUUGAUAAGGAUUCUAGUCUCUUACAGCAGGCUUGUGAUAUUACAGGGGGAAAAUAUCUCAAAGUCCUUACAACAACAGGACUACUACAAUACCUACUGUGGGUGUAUCUACCUUCUCCUAGCCUUAGAGAGAGCCUAGUCUUACCACCAGCCAUCCAUGUUGAUUAUAGGGCAGCAUGUUUCUGCCAUCGAACUCUAAUUGAUGUUGGUUAUGUUUGUUCUGUCUGCCUUUCCAUUUUCUGCACCUAUAGUCCCAUCUGUUCAACAUGCCAUACGGCCUUUAAGAUCAAGGGUGCUCCUUCCAAGAUGAAGAGGAAAAAGAAAUCAUCUGCUGUAACUUCUAUAACAUGAAAUGAACAUGGGGGAUCCAUGGAAUACAUGAGUAACAUUUCAGAAGAGCAAUAUACCGUAUUCAAAUGCACAGGAGUGGGUACUGGUCAACUGGAGACUAAUACGUAUGAAAGAGACUCAGAGAGGGAGCCUUUUGUAGGACAACAACAUCUUUGAAUUUGGAAUUUGUAUAGUGAAGAGAAUGACCAAGAAGACAUAAAUUUCUUUGUGCAGAGGAUUUGCUCAAUUUCUUGCAACGGAUGUAUUUGUCAUCCAAGAAAAAUGUCUAUUGAUUCUGGACUACUGUGAAACAUUUGAGUACACAUACUUUGUAUUGGCCAAAAAUGCUGGAUAAUAAUGAUGGAGUCAGAUGGACAGUUGUUGCCCUGCUACUAGAUGGAGGAACAGAAAACUCAUUCUUAUUAUUGUUUUACAAGUUUGUGGAAACAUAUGGCUCUCAAAAUCAGUUAUUCAUUUGACUCUUACAGUAAAUUAAAUCUUUGUUAAUAUAGUAAAUGGAAUAAUGUU